CUGAAACAGAAGCACCAUGACUGGACGUGGAAAGGGAGGCAAGGGACUCGGCAAGGGAGGCGCCAAGCGUCAUCGCAAGGUGCUGCGUGACAACAUCCAGGGCAUCACGAAGCCGGCCAUCCGCCGUCUGGCCCGUCGCGGCGGAGUCAAGCGCAUCUCCGGCCUCAUCUACGAGGAGACCCGCGGUGUGUUGAAGGUGUUCCUUGAGAACGUGAUCCGCGACGCCGUCACCUACACCGAGCACGCCAAGAGGAAGACCGUCACCGCCAUGGACGUUGUCUACGCCCUCAAGCGCCAGGGCCGCACCCUCUACGGUUUCGGCGGCUAAGCUGUUUCACCUUCACCCUAAACAGCGAAAUCGGCCCUUUUAAGGGCCACCCAAAUACUUCUCGUUUGGUUAUAAAGCAAUAUUUAAUAAGAUACGUUGGUAUAUGCUUGGAAUUUAUCUUCAAUAUAAGAUUGCACCCGAAUUUUGAAGAACUGAACGAUAUAGAUGUUUCGUUGAUCGUAUAGCGGCUUGCGCGUCUCUUUACUAACGGUUUAGAGACUGCUUCGGCGAGCGUGAAUUUAACGAUUCUUUCAACUAUUCAGAAGGGAACGACUGACUCCAAAAAUAAAGAGAAGAAAUUCUGGACUAAACUCAUUUUGUCUAAUUAGAUUAAGCCACCAACUAGCUCCCAUGUACAUAUUUCGCGAUGAUAAUG